AUGCUCGACCAUUCGACCACAAGUCAACAACUGCCGCAAGACCUGCUCCAACCCAACUGCAUCAGCAGUUCUUCCUCCUUCGGCCAAACCCCAAUUUCUUCGCCAGAGUUCGUCCCUCCCCUCUUCGCGCCUCCUAUUGUGCCUCCCAUUGUCGCACCUCCCCUCAACGCGUCCCCCCUUGUCGCGCCUCUCCUCGUCCUGCCCCCUCAUUGUGCCUCUCCUCGUCCUGCCCCCUCAUUGUGCCUCUCCUCGUCCUGCCCCCUCAUUGUGCCUCUCCUCGUCCUGCCCCCUCAUUGUGCCUCUCCUCGUCCUGCCCCCUCAUUGUGCCUCUCCUCGUCCUGCCCCCUCAUUGUGCCUCUCCUCGUCCUGCCCCCUCAUUGUGCCUCUCCUCGUCCUGCCCCCUCAUUGUGCCUCUCCUCGUCCUGCCCCCUCAUUGUGCCUCUCCUCGUCCUGCCCCCUCAUUGUGCCUCUCCUCGUCCUGCCCCCUCAUUGUGCCUCUCCUCGUCCUGCCCCCUCAUUGUGCCUCUCCUCGUCCUGCCCCCUCAUUGUGCCUCUCCUCGUCCUGCCCCCUCAUUGUGCCUCUCCUCGUCCUGCCCCCUCAUUGUGCCUCUCCUCGUCCUGCCCCCUCAUUGUGCCUCUCCUCGUCCUGCCCCCUCAUUGUGCCUCUCCUCGUCCUGCCCCCUCAUUGUGCCUCUCCUCGUCCUGCCCCCUCAUUGUGCCUCUCCUCGUCCUGCCCCCUCAUUGUGCCUCUCCUCGUCCUGCCCCCUCAUUGUGCCUCUCCUCGUCCUGCCCCCUCAUUGUGCCUCUCCUCGUCCUGCCCCCCAUCGCGAAAAAGUUUGA